AUGACCGCGCGAGACAAGUCCACGCUCUGCGGCUACGUUCCUCGUUUAAAUAUAGAUCAUGAGAUGUUCAAAGAGUUGCAGAAACAUAACAUCACGCUGAGCGACGUCGGCGAUGCGGCCGCGCCUGACAUCGGGCUGUUGAUCGGCGCAGACCACGCAGGCAUAUUGCUCACGAAGAGUUUCAUGGAACUGAACUAUAACCUCGUGGCAAUAAAGACUAAGUUUGGAUGGACGCUUCAAGGACCCAUUAUGCACGCAUGCAGUGUUUUGACGAACGUAGUAUUGGUUAAUUUUCAGUUAUCUGAGCUAUGGGACUUAGAAACUCUCGGAAUACGAGACCCAGCGGAAGUUUCAAAUAAGGCAAAUACAGACGCUGUCAUAAUGGACCAGUUCAGAGAAUCCAUCAAGAUUAAUGAUGAAGGACGGUACGAAGUUGACUUACCGUGGAAACCAAAUCAUGGAGAACUCCUUGACAGCAAACAUUUAGCUGAAAAAAGAUUGAUGUCAACAACGCAAAAGCUAGUGAAGCUAAACGAGUUUGAUAACUAUGGACAAGUCUUCGAAGAUUGGUUAAAGGAGGGCAUAAUCGAGGAAGUUGGUGAAGCAUCGAGGCCUAAACACUACCUUUGCCAUCAUGCUGUCAUCAAGAACACGAGCCUCACUACGAGAAUAUCGUUGAAAAAAGAAGAUAGACAAUAUCUGUCAUUCCUGUGGUGGAAGAAUGACGAAAGAAAAGAGUUUAUAACUUACCGUCACUGUCGUGUAGUGUUUGGCGUGACUUGUAGUCCAUUUCUUCUCGGUGCGACAAUAAAUUACCACUUAGAAAAGUACACGGAAGAGUUUAAAGGCACAGCCAAACGACUGAGAGACUCCUUCUAUGUUGACAAUUGUGUGAUCAGUCUAGAAACAGAGGAAGAAGCUGAAACCUUCAUAGAAGAGGCAAAGAGAGUGAUGGCAGAUGUGAAAUUUGACCUAAGAGGUUGGGUGACUACUCCGAUGGCCAAAGAUAUGGAGACUACUUCGCAUGAAGAUAAAUUGUCUGUACUCGGCCUUAUGUGGGAUGUCAAUAUGGACCAACUAUACUGUAAUGUCAGCUUCGCGCACGGUACUGCCUUAAAAGAAAACGUUACAAAAAGAAGUUUACUCUCUAUAACUCAGAAAGUUUUUGAUCCAGUCGGUUUGACAUGCCCAGUAACACUUGUGCCUAAGCUAAUACUACAGAAGACUUGGAAUUUGCGUCUGAGUUGGGAUAGUAAAUUACCAGAUGCCUUGCAAAAAGAAUUCUUGGAUUGGUCUAAGUAUAUUCACUUGCUGAACGAGUGCCGAAUUCCACGUCGACUUACUUGUAAGCCAAUAGAUAAAUGUGACAACAGUCUACAUGUCUUUAGUGAUGCCAGCAAGGUGUCAUAUGCCACUGCUAUCUUCUUACGAAGUAAUUAUGAAGGAGAAGUCACUGUACAACUAGUCCAAGCCAGGUCACGCGUAUCACCAAUCCGUGAGGUCAGCAUCCCGCGAUUGGAAUUGAUGGCAGCACUGAUUGCGACAAGGUUAUAUCUUCAGGUUAAAGAAGCGUUGGAUCUGCCAAACUGCCGCGUUUUCUUCUGGACUGACGCAAGUGUGGCUUAUACCUGGAUUACUGCUGAGGGAGACUGGAACAUAUUUGUCAAAAACAGGGUAAAAGAAAUCCGACAACAUACAAACGUGGAAGAUUGGCGUCACUUACCAGGCUUAAUGAACCCUGCCGACUUGCCAUCUAGAGGCUGCAAUGCCAGACAACUUAUGAAGAGCAAGUGGUGGGAGGGACCUGCCUGGCUAAAAGCAAAGGAAAGUGAAUGGCCUGGAUCUCAAAUGAAAGUAGAUGAGCGAGAAGUUAACAAAGAAACUAAGAAAGUAGUUCUGGCUAACAACACUACCGACAAUAAUGUGAACCUACAGAAGAUGAAGAUGUUCAAGAAUGAAGAAGGCUUACUGAGGAUUCGCACUAAAUUAGUUCUUAGCGAUGAACCUGCCGACUUUAUCUGUCCGAUUUACAUACCGGGUAAACAUUUAAUAAUCCAAAGGCCUUUAACCUACGUCGUGGACAACUCGGAUAGGUUAAAACCCAUUACUCCCGCGUGCUUCACUCAAGCGCUUCCUUCAAGCGAGGUUCCGGAUCUUGAUCAGCUCGACCGUGACUCUAUGAAUAGGCGCCUCCGGUAUCUUUACAAGUUGAGGGAAGAUUUAAGAGAGAGGUUUAGGAACGAGUACAUGGGGAUGCUCAUACAGAAGGGCAAGGAGAGGGACUCUAAUUUAAGGGUAGGUGACGUAGUCUUAAUAGAAACAGACAAUAAGCGUAUCAAGUGGCCUUUAGGGAGGAUUAUAGAAACUUUACCCGGUGCGGAUGGUUAG